GAAGCAGAGUCGGAGGGAGGGACGGACGGAGGGAGGGCGGACACACACCGACAGCCGACACACACAGUCCACGCGCGGCAGAGCACCUUCAGACAGGAGAGGAAGGCGUUCCGCGCUCUCCGGCCCCUCCGCCGUCCUCUCAGGGCAAGAGCUGGAAGAAUUUAAAGAGAACACUCGAGCCCAGAACAACGCAAAUCCCUAGUGUUAAAAAAUUACAUGAACCUCAGUCUGGAAGCAUACCUGCUAGAGUGUGAUCGAUAAUCCUUACAACGUGCCAUACAGACGCAAAGAUCGUGCUUCGAUGGGCAUUUUUUUAGGAGUAUUACGAGGAAUACGUGAAUAGUUUCCAUAGUCGUAAAACACAAGGCUGGGAAAGAGACGCAAGAAGGGAAAAAGAAAGCCUUUCUGUUGGAUAUUUCUCAAGAGGUUUGCCGCAGGAAGCAGCCGAAUCAGGAGCUUUGGCCUAGUUAUAGGGGCUGGCGGUGGACGGUGAACUAUUUCCCAGCACAGGGAGGCUGCCCUCGGCGCGGCUGCCGUCGACUGUGCCGUGAUCGGCUGGCCGGAGCGGCGAGUGCAAUGCUCAUAGGAGGAUGUCGGGAGACUGGGACGAAGACCUGUGCAAAAAGGCCCUCAUGCUGGUGGAGGAGCUGUGCUUCCACUCGCCGGGGGGCUACAGCCAGAGCGAACGCUGCCAGGAGUUCAACUACAUGCUGGGGGGUCCGAACAGACCGAUCGACUCCGAGAUAUCGGUCAGCCUCUUGUCGGUCAUCGUGACGUUCUGCGGCAUCGUCCUGCUCUCCGUCUCCCUCUUUGUGUCAUGGAAGCUCUGCUGGCUGCCCUGGAGGGACAAGGAGGGUGGGGGGCUCAGUCUGACCUCAGGCCUCCUUCCUGGAGGGGUGGGAGUGGGCGGGGGCGGAGGGUCUUCCCUCCUUCCAACACUGUUGCAAAGGAAGGAGACGCACUCCUCCUCCUCCCUCUACCCGUCCCUCUCCCAGUCGGGCCAGCACCACCCGCACUUCUCGGAUAUGCUGGUGGUGGAGAGGGGCGAAGCAGGCGGGCUUGGCGUCGGGGGAGUGAUAGGCGGGCCGGAGAGAACCCCGAUCGGUGUGGCGGGGGGUCCCCUCGAGACACAGGAGCACUCCUACCUGGACAUGGACAGCUACCCUAACGCCACCGGGGGCGGGUUAAAGCUGAGCCAGACUUCUCCCGAACUGCCGCCGUCAUCUGAUCUUGGCUCCCAGCCCCAGAGAGAGCUGCCCAAUGCCCACUCCCAGCAGCAGGUCACAGCGCGGCCGCGCCCCAUGACACACCAGCUCUCCAGCCCCGACUUCCACAGCGAGGAGAAGAGCGAACAGGUGACCAGCAUCGGUCAGAUCAAGCCGGAGCUGUACAAACUCCGGCAGGGGGAGCAGGGAGAUGCAAAACAGGGCAACACCUGUGGGAAAAUCUGCUUCCUUCUGCGCUACGCCUUCAACACAGAGCAGCUGGUUGUUAAGAUCCUAAAAGCUCUUGACUUGCCUGCUAAAGAUGCCAACGGCUUCUCUGACCCUUAUGUCAAGAUCUAUCUGCUCCCAGAUAGAAAGAAGAAAUUCCAGACCAAGGUGCACAGAAAGACCUUAAAUCCCGUGUUCAACGAAACAUUCCAGUUUGGGGUUGCGCUCGCCGAGCUCCACUCACGAAAGCUCCACUUCUCCAUCUACGACUUCGACCGCUUUUCCAGACACGACCUCAUUGGCCAGGUGGUGGUAGACAACUUGCUGGACUUCAGCGAGGGAAACAGUGAAAAGCCCGUGUGGAGGGACAUUGUGGAGGGGACGGCGGAAAAAGCGGACCUAGGAGAGCUGAACUUUUCCCUUUGUUAUUUACCCACGGCUGGGAGACUCACUGCCACAGUCAUCAAAGCCACCAAUCUGAAAGCUAUGGACCUCACCGGCUUCUCAGACCCUUAUGUGAAAGCUUCUCUGAUCUGUGAUGGCCGUAGGCUGAAGAAGAGAAAGACAUCCAUCAAGAAGAACACACUCAAUCCCGUCUACAAUGAAGCACUGGUCUUUGACAUUCCCAAUGAGAACAUUGACAACGUAUCUCUAAUCAUCGCGGUAAUGGACUAUGACUGUAUCGGACACAACGAGGUGAUAGGGGUGUGCCGCGUGGGGAGCGAUGCGGACGGACCUGGCCGCGAGCACUGGGCCGCUAUGUUGGCCAACCCCAGGAAGCCCAUCGAGCACUGGCACCAGCUAGUCGAGGAGAAGAAUAUAAACUCAUUUGUAUCGAAGACUGCCACUUCUUCUUCCAAGCCAAACAUUGUGGUGGACAGCCCCCAUUCGGACUAGAACUGUCCUGUCCUAGGUCCCGUCCUAGGGUUCCCGGUUGCCACCCUCCUUCCAGCUCCAGAUGCUCCUUCUCUACGGUAACCGGUUUUCGGCGCUUCGGAAAGAGGCCGUGAGGGGGGACAGAGAGAGAAGACAAGCUUCCGAAGUCGAUCCACCACUAGUUAG